AUUCUUAAAGUGAAACGCUGCUAAUACCGAAAUCAACAGCCAUGAGUGCGCUUCUAAGGAACCAAAGUCAGCUGUUUGGCAUGAACCGCUGCUAUCGGAAUCUACAACCCAACGUACGGGUACGAUGUGUCAGUUACCGAACAAAUCAACCCAUCGCUUACUUAAGCGCACAGUACGAUAGUUUACUUCAGCCAUGUACCAUCUUCAGCGCAAAUUCCAGCAGUAAAAGAACACCGCUUGCACCUCACAACGGUGGUCUGCCACUGCUCGACGCACUCGGAUAUGGUCGUGGAACACCAACGCCACAGAUGAUCAGAUGCAUUUCCACCACAAGCUGGCUUCGGGAUCAGCCCUCGUCUAAAGUUGAGGUCACAGUACAAACAUUAAAGAAGAAAGAAAAAGAGCAGCAACAGCAGCUUGCCAAUGGCACCACAGUGAAUGGAACUUCAACUGCCCCGCCAACAUCAGGAGCCGCAGCACCAUCAUCGAAGGUGGUUUCUGAGAGCGCUAUUAACGUAGCUACGGCUACAAAUGACAGCAAUGUCACUACCGAGCAGCAACCUCAAACACCACCAGCAGCCGCCGUCGUUGCUGCCGCUCCGGUUGUGAAGAAAACGCUCCAGCAACGUAUAUGGGCCGAGCUGGUGCACUACUACCACGGAUUCCGAUUACUCUUCAUCGACAUCAACAUCAGCCGGAAGCUGCUGUGGCGUGUACUUAACGGGAAAACGUUGACGCGUCGCGAACACAAACUCCUCAUCCGGACGACCUCCGAUCUGUUCCGGCUGGUACCGUUUUCGGUGUUCAUUAUCGUGCCGUUUAUGGAGCUGCUGUUACCGGUUGCGAUCAAACUGUUCCCGGGCAUGCUGCCUUCCACCUUCCAGACGGCCACCGAGCGGGAGGAUAAGAUUAAGCAAAACCUCAAGGUAAAGAUCGAGAUGGCCAAGUUCCUGCAGAAAACGCUCGACGAUAUGGCGGUACAGAACAAGGAGCAUCGGUCGCAGGCGGCCAAAGAUUUUAGCGAAUUUUUUACCCGCAUUCGGACGACAGAAAACUUUACCAUUUCGAACGAAGAGAUAUUGAAGUUCUCCAAACUGUUCGAGGACGAAAUAACACUCGACUCGUUAACGCGACAACAGCUGCAGGCGCUUUGCCGAGUGUUGGAAGUUUCACCAAUCGGAACGUCCAACUUGCUACGGUUUCAGUUGCGGCUUAAGCUGCGUAACUUAGCGGCCGAUGAUCGUACCAUACAGAAGGAAGGCAUCGAAUCGUUGAAUCUGUCCGAGUUGCAGGCAGCCUGCCGAGCGCGUGGUAUGCGUGCGUAUGGUGCGUCCGAGGAACGACUCAAGUCACAGCUGCAGGAGUGGAUCAACUUAAGCCUAAACGAAAAGGUGCCUCCCUCAUUGUUGCUACUUUCGCGGGCGUUGGUUCUGCCGGAGAACAUUACCACAAGCGACAAGUUGAAGGCAACGAUCUCGUCGCUGCCGGAUUCGGUUGCGACCGUUACGAAGGCGGCUAUCGGCGAACGGGAGGGUAAGAUCGACAAUAAGACGAAGAUUGAGGUGAUCAAGGAGGAGGAACGCAAGAUCAAGGAAGAGCGCGAAGAGGAGAAAGAAAAACAGAAGGAAGAACAGCAGGAGCUGGUCGAUGGUGCUCCGAUACUGACCGCUGCCGAAGGCAAGACGGUGGAACCGGUGCAACCGGUCGAGCCGGAUAUCAUCUUUGCUCCCGCACCGGAACGAACGAUCGUGCUAGAUCAGAUUCCACCACAACCGCACACGGUUGAGGAGAUUUCGAGCAAGGAUCUGGAGGUACUGGGCGAUGCGCUCGGUACGCUGAGCAAGGACAAGAAAUCGCUGCUUGUGGAGAAGGAAGAAAUUCGGGACCUGAAGGAAGAGAUUGCCGACUAUCAGGAGGAUGUGCAAGAAUUACAGGAGGUUGUCACUGCCGCUCGCAAUCAGGAGGAAGUACAGGUGAAGGAAUCGCGUGCCGCGAAGUUGCUCUUCCGGAAGGUCAACUCGAUGAUCAACCGCAUGGACACGGUGCUGACGGAAUUGGAGCGCAAGGAGAAGCAGCUGAAGGAGAAGAUGCAUGCUGCUGAGCAGAGUGAUGAAGCGGUACAGAAGCCUCAGGCAGCGGACGAGGAGCUGGUGCGGAUAGACGAGCUAAUGUCGGCGAUCAAGAAGAUUCAAAACGUCACCGAUGAUUCGCGGUUAGACCAAAUAUCGAAGAUUCUGGGCAAAAUCGAUAAUGAUCAGGACGGACAAAUAAAGGUGGAGGAUGUCCUUAAGGUUAUUGAAACGAUUGGCAAGGAGAACGUGAAGCUAAACGCGAAACAGGUGGACGAACUGAUUGAUCUGCUCGACAAGGAGGAAGAGCUCGAGGCGGAGGACAAGAUCGAGAAGGCACUGACCAAGAGCCUGGAAGCCAAAGAGAAACAAAAGGAGCAGAAAGAAAAGGAGAAGGAAAAGUUGCUCGAGCUUACGGAUAAGGCGACGGAUCUGAGCUCGCUGGCGCCACCACCGACGCUGCCGAGCCCGUCCAAACAGCUCGACGACGGUACGGCGAUUAUCGAUGCGGACGCACUGCAAAAGGUGGUGGAGGAGCGUAAGAAAAAUGCCAGUAUUAAUGGAGCAUCCGGGGGAUCGUCCGGAUCGACAGCGGCCGGAGGUACCAAGGAGGUCGUACCACCGCCACCGACCGCAACACAGCAUCCUAUAGAAUCGAGCACCGGUGCACCGAAGGACAAAAUGAUUUGA